GGAAGAAAGGUUUGAGAGUCAGCAGAUUGCAAGAUUAGUAGGAGAUCUACAAUAAACGGAACGUGUUGGUGCUCAGUAGUUGUGUUCUGUUAUUUUUGUUAAUAUUCGUUACAAAAUGCCGUCUUUGCGAGAACGUUUUGAGAAUUUCCUGAACGAAAAGAAUUUCAUCACCAACAUAUUGGGGAAAAUUGAGGAGAAGACUGGAGUGCGUAAAUACAAUCUAGCCACAGGUUCAAUAACCUUCCUUGGUCUCUAUCUUGUGUUUGGCUAUGGAGCAUCCCUAUUGUGCAAUUUGAUUGGUUUUGCAUACCCAGCUUACUUUUCGAUCAAAGCUAUUGAGAGUACAGAUAAAGAGGAUGACACAAAAUGGUUGACCUACUGGGUAGUUUAUGGAUUAUUUAGCAUUGCUGAAUUUUUCUCAGACAUCUUCCUUUAUUGGUUCCCUUUUUAUUAUGUUGGAAAGUGUGUUUUUCUGUUGUGGUGCAUGGCACCAGUCGCAUGGAAUGGUUCUCGAAUGAUCUAUAAUCGAAUUAUCCGUCCUCUAUUCCUCAAACAUCAUGCCACUGUGGAUAGUGUUGUCAGUAACCUCAGUGGGAAAGCUCUGGAUGCAGCAGAAAACCUGACAAGGGAGGCAAUGAAAAUGCAUCUUGAAAAAGACAAGAAUAAUUGACGACUACAGAGUGAACAGGCAGUCUGCAAGAUCAAGAUACUGAUCAACAGAAGAGAGUUGCUGAUAUUGAUUGAAAAGCAACAAUUUACUUAAAGUCACUGGUUAAUCAGCAUCUGAUAAAAGAUUGGACAUUAGUCUUCCACGUGGCAUCCUCCAUUGAAAUCAGAAAUGAUUUUUUUUCCUCUUUCUCAGAUGCUGAUCCUCUUUCUUUCUCUGUCACAUUUUUCAUUUCUAAUUUGGAUCCAGCCAGUUUUUUAGGUUAUGUAAGUGAUGUGCAGCAAGACCUUUAUUGAACUGUCUGAAAAAAAAAAUCAGUUUUGUAACAACUGUGUGUUCUGGUCAUUCCCAUUUAGAUUGCACAUGAUCCUGUACUUUCAUUCCAAUCUUUUUACAGUUUUUUUUAUCGCGUGGAGAGGACACAGAACAUUAUAGCGCAGUGCAGGCCCACCAGCCCUUGAUGUUGCACUGACCUGUGAAACCAAUCUGAAGCCCAUCUAACCUACACUAUUCCAUUUUCAUCCAUGUCUAUCCAAUGACCAUUUUAAAUGCUCUUAACGUUGGUGAGUCUACCACUGUUGCAGGCAGUAGUUCCACAUCCCUACUACUGAGUAAAGAACCUACCUCUAACAACUGUCAUCAUAGAAUCCCUAGUGUGGAAACAGACCCUUCAGCCCAACAAGUCCACACUGACCCUCCAAAGAGUAACCCACCUCCACUCAUUCCCCUACCCUCUAUUUACUCCUACUAAUGCAUCUAACCUACACAUCCCUGAACACUAUAGGCAAUUUAGCAUGGCCAAUUCACUUAACCUGCACAUCUUUGGGUGCUCCAGUUUCCUCCCACAAUCCAGAGGAAACCCACCCUGACAUGGGGCGAACGUGCAAACUCCACACAGUUGCCUGAUGUUGGAAUUGAACCUGGAUCCCUGGCACUUAGGCAGCAGUGCUAACCACUGAGCCACCAUGCUGUCCUGUGUCUAGCAUCACUCAAAUUUAAAUUUAUGGCGCCUCUUGCUAGCCAUCACUAUCCAAGGAAAAAGGCUCUCACUGUCCACCCUCUCAGAUCAUCUUGUAUGUCUCUAAAGUCACCUCUCAACUGUUAUCUCUAAUGAAAACAGCCUCCAGUCCCUUGGCCUUUCCUUAUAAGACUGUACCUCCAUACCAGACAACAUCCUGGUAAAUUUCCUCUGCACCCUUUCCAGUGCUUCCGCAUCCUUCCUUUUAAUGUGGCAACCAGAACUGUACGCAAAACCUCAGCUGCAGCUGUAACAUGAUCUUGGGGCUCUGAAACUCAAUCCCUCUAUCAAUUAAAAACUAACAAAGUUUGGGAGAAGAUUUGUAGCUCGCGUGCUCGUUGCGGUUCUGUUGACCGAGCUGGGAAUUUGUGUUGCAGACAUUUCGUCCCUUAUCUAGGUGACAUCCUC